AUGCGUUCAAGGUUAGACCCUAGCUUCUCAGAAUUCUUGCUACGGAUUGGAGAUGGGACUGAGCCAUUUGUCGUGGAUGACAUGGUGAAGCUUCCUGAUGAUAUUGUAAUGAAGUGGGAAGGUGAGCAAUCAGUUGAGAGAUUAAUUGACGAGGUGUUUCCAGAGCUUGAAAAGAAUGCAAAUGAUAAAAGCUACAUGAGUCAGUGGGCAUCGAUAAAUGAUAUCGUCGAAAAGCUCAAUCAAAAAGUUAUUAGCAUCUUUCCUGGAGAUGAGGUAGUUUACCAUUCCUUUGACAUGGCUAAAGAUGACCCAAACAAUUUGUGGACCGAAGAUUUUUUGAACACUAUUGCUCCAGGUGGAUUGCCUCCUCACACACUUAUACUCAAGAUAGGUGUUCCGAUAAUUCUUUUGAGGAAUCUUGAUCCCAGUUAUGGUCUUUGCAACGACACGAGGUUACUAUGUAGAGGUCUCUAUAAAAACUUCAUUGAUGCAGAGAUCGUUACUGGUAGUUGUUCGGGGCUCAGAGUCUUGAUUCCACGGAUACUCAUGGAACCUCCCAAAGAGGUGAUACUCCCAUUCAAGUUCGUCCGCAAGCAAUUUCCAGUUCGUGUAGGUUUUGUCCUCACAAUAAAAAAGGCAAAAGGACUUUAUCUACCAGAACCAGUUUUUAGUCACGGACAACUAUAUGUUGCUUUGUCUAAGGGAGUUUCAAGAACUACAACAAAAGUGUUAGUUAAGAAUGGAAUUCUUCUGGAUGUCUCUGGAACAUGUACUAAAAAUGUUGUAUUCCGAGAUGUUCUCAGGUCAUAUGAUAUUGCUGAGUGA